AUGUCCAACCUCAUCGAGGUCACCUCCCCCGAACACUUCAAGGCCGAGCUCAGCAAGGACCUGAACCGGGUCUCGGUCCUCAACUUCUGGGCGCCGUGGGCUGAGCCAUGCAAGGGGUUCAACGAGGCUGUUGCCGCUGAAGCGGCGCGUUUCCCGAACGUACUGUUCCUCAACAUCGAGGCAGAGUCGCUUGCGGACAUCUCGGAGAGCUUUGACAUCGAGGCCGUUCCUAGCUUCCUUCUUCUUCGUGGCCACUCCCUCCUCGCCCGCCAUUCUGGCGCCGACCCGGCACUUCUCCGCUCCAUGCUCUCGCAGCACUCGGGUCAGCCCGCCGCUGCCAACGUCGCGAGCUCCGCUGCUGCCGCCGCGUCUGAGCCCGAGCGUCCCCGUACCGAGGAGGAGAUCACGGAACGCUGCAAGGAGAUCAUGAACCGCCACAAGGUCGUGCUCUUCAUGAAGGGCAACCCCAGCGCACCCAAGUGCGGGUUCAGCCGCCAAACCGUGGGGCUUCUGCGCGACAAGGGUAUUGAGUUUGCCUGGUUUGAUAUUCUGAGCGACGAGGACGUGCGGCAGGGGCUGAAGCGCGUCAACGACUGGCCUACGUUCCCUCAGAUCAUUCUCAACGGGGAGCUUGUUGGUGGGCUGGAUAUUCUCAAGGAGAUGGUUGAGAGUGGCGAGUGGGACGAGGUGUAUGCCGACGAGGCCAAGGAGUAG